AUGUCUCUCAAACUCGGAGUGGCGGUGGAUUCCCCGCAUAGCAGACUAGCAACCUGUGGCUCACCAUCGGAAAGCAUGAAGUCUCACCUAGCAGCUCCAACUCCUCUCUCGGCUCGCUCAUCCUCCCAGCGGCCUGCAUCAGCGCCCAUCAUCCAAUUCUUUCCAAGUGCAGCGGCCAAGUCGCUUCCAAUCUCGAUGGUCAACCCCCACAUCGGAUCUAUGCCGCACCCCUUGGUUGCACCAACAUGCUCGCAGUCCGGCGUUCACCCGAACCUCAGCGAGGAGAUGUUGCUGGAUGAGUUGGCUUAUAAUCGGAGACGCCAGGUUUGUUCUUCACAGCGCCGAAACCGGACUACAUUUACUCCGCAGCAGCUGAGUGAACUUGAAACGCUCUUUUCCAAGACACACUACCCUGAUGUAUUCCUCCGCGAGGACCUUGCCAUGCGCAUCCAGCUCACAGAAGCACGGGUUCAGGUAUGGUUUCAAAAUCGUCGAGCCAAGUGGCGGAAGAUGGCCCGACAGCGUCUCGGCGUCGACCCGUGGCGUACCCGACAAAUCAACACCUACCCGAACCCUAUCGGCUUCCACGGCAAUGCCUGGCUCUCCGCGGCUGCGGCCGGGAACUUUGCAGCGGCGACCAGGAGCGUGCGUUCGAGCUCGGCUCAUGCAGCGGCUGCAGCGGCUACGGCGAUGGCCUCGCCGCCGAGCCUGACGCCAGGGAUGCUGUACAACGAGGCGAUGGCGAGGUUGGCUCAGCGUUCGCUAGCUGGAGGGUGA